UAAGCACAAGAUUAUGAUAUUUUGAGUGGGUGGGAAUAAGUGGAACAGUUUUUUCCCCGGAGUUAUGGACUAUUUUGAUACACUGAGAAGAAAAAAUUAUCUCUAUUUACCUUCCAAUAUCUUGCUGGAUUCUUGUGUAAACAGAUGCACAUUCAGUAGUACCAAUCAGCAUAAAGGAUAAAUCUCCUAAGCUUCAUUAUAUCUACCCGACUUGCUUUGAGGCCGGCAGGCAGAUGGAGUUUGUAGCUUGUGGAAGUGACCUGCUCCAACCUAAGUUUCGGUAUAUAUGGAUUCUACUCCUGAUAAGAUAUUGCUUGACUUUAUUUCUUAAGAUUUCUAGUUUCUUGUGAUGGACGGUACUUGGCGUACAAAAUUUGUGUCUCGUCUCUGUGCUGUAAGAAAGGAGAGACCAACUAUUUUAACCAUCAACUGGUUAAGAUAUCUGUUCCUGAAACCGACAUGAAUCUCUCUGGGCCGGCAUUCAUUGAGGUCGAGAACCAGUCUGGUCUAUCAAACUUCAUUCCAAUCUUUUUUGGCGAUAAAGAAACUUGCGAAGAAAUGGAGAUCUUGCAACGAACCUUUGAUACCUCAACAUCCUCCCAAGAACAACCUGCGUCACUUUCAAGGCCUGCAUGCAGAGUCCUGGCGUCUAGACAAACACGUUUCUCAGGGUUUCUUUUAGAUUUAGGAUGGUCGUUGAAGAAACCAGUGUCAGGGAAACCGUUGACAUCUUCAGACGCACAAAGAUUCAACUAUUUAUUAGACUUUCUGAUAGAGAGAGGGCCUUCUGUAAUUUUGGAGAGAGUAUUUCGCUCGUUGGAAUCUUCAAUACAUAAAACUGACGUUGCUGAAGUAUCUAAUUCCGAUAUGAGGUCAUUACAGACAAAAAUGGGGAUUGUACGGCUUAUGCUUGACCACAGAACACAGGAUAGAGGUUCUGCAGCGACAUCUGCAUUGGAUGGAAAUGUUCAACAUCAAAGCAAAGAUGGUCGUUUCGUUGUGCAAGCUAGUGCUACUAAAACGGAAAAGCUAGACAACAAUCCCUGGGGCAGAGAGGCUUCAUCACUAGAUGCCGUUGCUGCAACAGCUCCUCUCAUCAACAAAGAGGUGGUCAUGAAUGUCAACAUUCAUUAUCGGCCACAAAAAUCACCCAGUCUCAUGUCAUCACGAACAUUUCUAACUUCGCGGCCCCUCAUGACGGCUGUUGCUGCCGUUUGCAUCUGUUUGGGAGUCUGUGUUGCCCUCUUCCACCCUCAAAAGGUCGACCAGAUCGCCACUACUAUCCGGAGGUGCUUGUUCGACAACCCUAAAUAGGUACGGCCGUCUGUCUUGGCUACUCUGUAGUCGAAUGUACAGCACGUUGCACGUGGAUCUUGAUUGUGCAUCUUGCCAUAUAGCCUUGAAGAUAGUUGUAAUCUUAGGGUUUUUUUGUAACUCAGUUGGUCAUGAUAAUGGUGUACCUUGUGAACUUUCUUCUUGUAAGGUUUUUGCCAAGCUAAUUCAGUAUUCCUUAGCUGUGCGAUUUCUCA